AUGGCCGAGCUCAGGAAAACUUUCUCCCGCCUGCGGGGUCGGGAGAGGCUUCCCCGGAAAAAAUCGGACGCGAAGGAGCGCGGUCGCCCAGCGCAGCCGCAGCAGCAGCAGCGUCAGGAGCCCAGCCCUCCAGAGCCGCCGGAGCCCCAAGCCCUUCCAGGAGCGCAGGCAGCUGCUGCUGCUGCUCCGGCUGCAGCCCACGGUCCCUCCAGCCCCGAGGCUUCGCGCAGCCCCGCGCGCGGCGCCUACCUCCAGAGCCUCGAGCCCAGCAGCCGGCGAUGGGUGCUGGGUGGCGCCAAGCCCCCCGAGGAGACGGCCGGCGCAGUGCCCGGAGCACCCGGUGGCGGUGAGCCGGCCGGGGAGAUCUGGUACAACCCCAUCCCGGAGGAAGACCCCAGGUCGCCCCCAGCGCGCAGUGAGCCCCAGGCGGGCCCUGCCGACCCGGAUGGCCUCGCCCCGCAAGGUGCAACCCCCAGCAGCCCACCCGCCAAGGCCUCCCGCACCAAGUCUCCUGGACCAGCCAGGCGCCUCUCCAUGAAGAUGAAGAAGCUACCGGAGCUCCGACGCCGCCUCAGCCUCCGGAGCAGCCGGACAGGCCGUGAGCGCGACAGGACCGCGCCUGCGGCGGGCUCGGUCAUCAGCCGCUACCACCUGGAUAGCAGCGUGGUCGGGGGUCCCGGGGGGCGUCCGGCAGGGGCGGCUCGCAGCCCCAGGGCUGGAUACCUCAGCGAUGGAGACUCACCCGAGCGCCCUGGGGGUGGCCCACCGUCUCCCGAGGCCUUCCGACCCUACGAGGCGGGGCCGGCGGCGACCCGGGCCCCCCCUGCUGCGCUCUGGGGUCGCCUCAGCCUGCACCUGUACGGGAUUGGGGGGCUGCGGCCUGCGCCAGGGGCCACCCCCAGGGACCUGUGCUGCCUGCUCCAAGUGGACGGGGUGGCCAGGGCCCGCACGGGGCCGCUGCCAGGGGGACCGGAUUUCCUGCGCCUGGAUCACACUUUCCACCUGGAGCUCGAGGCCGCCCGUCUCCUGCGCGCCCUGGUGCUGGCCUGGGAUCCCGGUGUCAGGCGCCACCGGCCCUGUGCCCAGGGCACCGUGCUGCUGCCCGCCGUGUUCCGAGGCUGCCAGGCCCAGCAGCUGGCCGUGCGCCUAGAGCCCCAGGGUCUCCUGUACGCCAAGCUGACGCUGUCGGAGGAGCAGCACGAGGCUGCGGCUGAGCCCCGCGUCUUCGGCCUGCCCCUGCCGCUGCUCGUGGAGCGCGAGCGGCCUCCGGGCCAGGUGCCGCUCAUCAUCCAGAAGUGCGUGGGGCAGAUUGAGCGCCGGGGGCUGCGGGUAGUGGGCCUGUACCGGCUGUGCGGUUCAGCCGCGGUGAAGAAAGAGCUAAGGGACGCUUUUGAGCGCGACAGCGCUGCCGUCUGCCUCUCAGAGGACCUGUACCCCGACAUCAACGUCAUCACCGGCAUCCUCAAGGAUUACCUCCGCGAGCUGCCCACCCCGCUCAUCACCCAGCCCCUCUACCAGGUGGUGCUGGAAGCCAUGGCCAGGGGACCUCCGAGCAGGGCGCCUCCCCCUAGCCCCGGAGGCACCCGGGAGCUGCUCAACUGCCUGCCCGAUGUGGAAAGGGCCACGCUGACCCUUCUCCUGGACCAUCUGCGCCUCGUCUCCUCCUUCCACGCCCACAACCGCAUGACCCCGCAGAACCUGGCCGUGUGCUUCGGCCCCGUGCUGCUGCCGGCGCGCCAGGCGCCCGCCCGGCCCCGCAUCCGCGGCUCGGGCCCCGGCGUCGCCAGCGCCGUGGACUUCAAGCGCCACAUUGAGGUGCUUCACUACCUGCUGCAGUCCUGGCCAGACCCGCGCCGGCCUCCUGAGGCGCCCGCCGUCGCCCCGUACCUGCGGCCCAAGCGGCAGCAGCAGCAUCAGCCGCAGGCGCCGCCGCACCUGCUGCAGACGGACCCCGAGGUGGUGCCUCGACCCCGCGGCCGGGGAGGCCCCGAGAGCCCCCCGAGCAACCGCUACGCCGGCGACUGGAGCGUCUGCGGCCGGGACUUCCUGCCCUGCGGCCGGGACUUCCUGUCGGGGCCCGACUACGACCACGUGACGGGCAGCGACAGCGACGAGGACGAGGACGACGACUUCGACGCGCCUUUCAACCCGCACCUGAACCUCAAAGACUUCGACGCCCUCAUCCUGGACCUGGAGCGCGAGCUCUCCAAGCAGAUCCACGUGUGCCUCUGAGGGGGCGGGCCGUCGCCAAGGCCCGGGUUGCUA